UCAAAUGUGUGACAUGGCAUAAUUGGUAAGGAUUUGAGCGUAAGAGAUACAAGAGCGAGAGGUCUCGGGUUCGAAUCCUACUACUGACAUUUUUUUGUUUACCUGUUACUAACUUUAGUUAUGUUUUUAACUUAUAUUGAAAAAUCACAAAAAUAAGUUUUUUUAUUAAUUAAUUAUUAUUUUCGUAUUUUAACUCUUUAUUAUUUUAAAAAAUGUUUUUAUUAAAAAAAAUAUAACCAAAAAAUCACAAAAUAAAAAGAUUUAAAAAGAUGUAGUUUUCAUUCUCAUUUUAGGAAGAAUUUGUAUUUUAAGGAAAAAAUCAUGAUAACCAUUUAAAAUAAUAUUAAGCCUUAAUAUUAAAUAAUAUUUGAUUUUUAGGUUUUUAUUACUUUGAUUGGUUAAAUUGUUCCCUUCCAUUUUUUAUUCUAACCUAAUUCAUUAGUAUAAAUAGGUACACUUUCUACACUAUUAGGGGACCGAUUUUGAAAACCUUAUUGCUCUAAAACCUUUUUUCACACGUACAUACACCAUCAAAAACCUGUAUACAAAACCUUGUUUCUAACAUCUAACAAUGACCACAUUUUUAAGCUCACAUUGAUUCCAUCACACCACCUUCGUUCUUCUUCAUGAUAACCCUUCCUCUGUCUCACACUAACCUUUAACAACCAUAAAACAUACAACCUCUCUCACCAUAUUCAGCCCACCAUUCAAUUAAUCUUUCAUUCAUAAACCAUGCACAAUCGUCAUCCACAAAUUACAUCACUAAACUACAGUCCCAAACAAAUCCAAUAAACACCAUUCUCAUACAGUCCUUACUCAAUACAACACCAACAAUUCAUACCACAAGUUCAUCACAAAACUAUGAUGUGAAGCUCUAAUAGAAUUUUCAAUUUAAAAUCUAACAAUUUUUCUUUCCUUUUUUUUUACUAACUUUUACAGGAAACAAAUUGCAAAGUCAUAAAAAGAGAAAGAAAUAACAGAGGGAGAAAAGAGAAGAGCAAUCCCGAUCUCGGAAACCGCUCACUGUCCAAACAUUCUCCGAUCGACAUUGACAGCGGAUCUCCACCGCAACGACGAUACAACCACGCCUAUCACUUCGUCGCGGAUGUUACCUACACAGUCGAAGCAACUCCGCCAUCGUUGCUGCCUUUCCUCAAUCUCCCCGACCAACUACGAUUCAACACCGAAGAUCUCCGCCAUCAUCACCGUUAACCCUCCACGCAGCCGCACCACCAGAUUAGCAGCCUCAUCGCACAAACCUAUGGCCGACGACGCACAAGAGCAUGCCGGUGAUUCUGCACAGUGACGUCUCGAGGCUGAAUCGGAAUGCGUUGGAGGUACUACCAUCGUGAGAAUUGGGCUGUUUUGCAGACAUUCAUAGCUUGUGCGUGCAUGGAUUAAUCCAACGCUUCAGAGCCUGCAGUUCAAUGGUGAAGCUUCAAGGUUCGACCACACUUGAUCCUAGCAUCCAGGGUUAAUCAAGAUCCUUCAGCCACGCGCCAUAUCAGAUCAAAGCUAAGUCCCUGAUGCUUUUCUUUUUAAUUAUUUUUCUUUUUUGCCUUUUAAUUUCAAUUAUUUAUUUUUAUCCUUUAGACCAAUGAACUGGCCAUACACUCACCCCCUCGUGUUUAUUUUUCCUUUUCCAAUUUUCAGGGUUAGCCAACCAGUCAAAGCUCGAAUGUUCGGUAACCCUGAAAUUCAUCUUGUUUUUACUGUCUUAAUUAUUAUUUAUGUCAGACCUAUUGCACUAUUGAUCCGCUGGUUUCUUUUUCCCCUUCCCCAUAUUACUGCGUGGUUAGUAAUUUAGGGAGUGCAAAUUUAAACUGGAUUAGAAUCACUUAAUUACAAGAUAAGUUUUCUGAAUAUUGACCACGUGAUUGUUGCACACACACACUCUUUUGGGGUAACCUCUCUGUUGCCUUGUUGCCUGUUGCCUUGUUGCCUGUUGCCUUGUUGCCUUUGUGUUUUUUGCAGAACAAGCCAUGUCCCUCGAAUAUGAGGAUACCUCAGCUAUGCUGCCUCGAUAAAUAAAGGUCAUGCGACCCUAAUGAUGCUGCCUUCGAUACACUACAUGACCUCGACCCUCGGAAGUUGCCUACGGAAAAGGCUGAGGUAUCCUCCGGUUGCCUACGAAUAAGGCUUGUUCUGGUCUUUCCCUUAGACUACCUGCCCCCCUAUGGCAUGGGUCAGUCUUUGGCGAACGACAACGCGAUGACCCUUCAAUCUCCAAAUGAAAGGCUUCCUGUCCCUUAUGGCAAGGAUAGACCCUUUCACCCUGAAAGGCUAAAAGAGACCUAUCAUCUAAGUUUAAGGUAAUUGCUUUAAUUGCCUUGCUCUGGCUAAAACUGUUUUUUUUCAUAUUCUUUCUCAUAAACCUUCAAAAGGGCUACGCUCAUUUACGAGCUAAAGUCCCUAUUCUUUUUCUUCUACAUUUCUGAAACAAAAAAGAGCAAAGCAAUUAAGAGCCCAUGGAAAACCAUGGAUGCAAAGGGUGCCUUACACCUUCCCUUUGCAUAAUUACCCCCCGAACUCAAAUCUUUUUAAAAGGUGUUUUCCUGUUUCUUUUAGCCUUUCUGAUAUUUGGAUAAAAUAAAAGUCGGUGGCGACUCAUGCUUUACCGCACAUCUCGAUAAAAAAGUCAGUUCACCGUAUUACAGAACUGGCGACUCUGCUGGGGAUUUUUCGAUAAAAGAGGGGUUACCUUAAAAGUUUAGGAUCACUUAAUUGUAUUCUAUUGUUAGCUUUGCUUGCUUUAUUUUUCAGGGCUGUUUUGGGAAUUAACUGAAGGACGAAUCCUACACCCGGAUUCAAGUACACUUAAGAUUAGGAGUGGCAUAGUCAUGGCGACCUCUUUCACAUAUGUGGGAGAUGAGUCAAUAUGAAGUUCACACUUGAGUUAGGACUCGAUAGCAUAUGCACACCUUUCUCAAAUGAGGGAGGUCUAUGUAUGUGUCUGUGGGUGCGCCGGAGCUCAAGGACCUUUAGUUACCCUUAACCCAUCCUGGCUUUUAGGAACGUAGUGGGGGGACUACUCUUGACAAAUGUUAAGAACUAGUCGCUACCCGAUGCUACAAUUCAGAUAGGUUCUUUCUCAAAGUAUCAUUGCAUGGUGCAAAUGCAUCAUGUCCGAGGGUGCUUUAGAAGGGCUGACAAUUCUGGAUAACUUGUACAACCCGUUGCUGAAAUCUCCUUAUCCAUAGAAAUACCCUUGGGAAGGACACCUGAUCAGACUCCAUGCAGGCCUUAAGCCAAAAAUUGUGUGACUUGCGUGACUUGUUUGUGUUUACUACUACCCUUCGUUUCCUCGCAGGUUUUGUUGAAAGGAUUUGUUUGUCCUUACCAUCUCGCACUAAGUCCAACGAACUGCAUUCGCAUAACAUCAUGACAUCAUAAGCAUAACAUGAUUUAACUAACCCUUUCAAGGAUCUUAGGGAUUUAGGGCGCACAAUUUCAGGUGCUCUUAUCAAGGACUGAAUUCCUAUCUAGGGGCAAAAGGAUUUAUUUUCCUCUAGCCACAUGCCUUCCAAUUCAGAGACUCAGUACCUAUCAAGGGGCAAGAGGAUUUAUUUUCUUCUGGCCAUGAAUCUUCAAAUUCAGAAGUAUCCCGAAUCAGAGGCGAUGAGCCACUCGAUAUGGUGAGCUUGAUUCUCAAAGAAGGACGUCCAAAGACGAAAGCCAGAAUUCUCUGGACAUAGCUGUGUUUGAUUCAACGUCUAAACUUGCAAACUAAAUUUCCUAUAGAUCCUUGAAAGCAUUGCAUUUGCAUUCAUAACAUCGCAUAACAGGUUUCUUACAAUAGGUCUCUCAUCCUCCCUCGCUGUUUAUUUCAGCAUCAUGGACCUUGAACAAUCUGUCAAAAAUCUCCAAGCUCAGAACAACCAAUUCCAAGAGAUGAUCUUUAACUUGGCCAAGGGGCAAGAAGAACUAAAGGCACUUCUGAUCGAGAAGGAGAAGGAUCAACGUAGGCAACAAGAUGGUCAAGGUAAAUGGAAAUCCAAACCCAAGCGAUCAUUCACUCCGUUGCACAUACCGAUGUAUCAAGUUCUGCAACAAUUGCUCAACCAGAACUUGAUAACCUUAUUACCUUCAUAUUCAAUUCCUACAAAUCCUGCUCCUGGGUAUAAGUACCAUGCGAGAUGUGCUUAUCAUUCAAAUAGUCCUGGCCAUGACACAGAGGAUUGUGGACCAUUGAAGCAUAAGAUCCCAGACUUAAUUGACGACAAGAUCAUUGACUUCAAUUCAAUUAAGGGGCCUUACAUGGCUAAUACUAUGCGUAACCAACAAGUUGGGGGAGCUCUAAUCUCCACAUCAGCAUCACAACCACAACGUAAGCAUAACGCGCCUAAAAGACAAUUCACAAAGAUCAACAUGACUUUGGCUGAAGCGUUGCAAUAGAUGCUGAAGAAAGGGCUAAUGACUUUGAGGGACCCUCCUCGGAAUCCUAACACUUUGUCUCAUCAGUAUAAUCCUAAUGCAAGAUGUGCUUACCACUCCGACAUCAUCGGACAUGACACUAACGAUUGCUGGCUAUUGAAGAAUAAGAUCCAAGACCUCAUUGAUGAUAAGAUCAUUGAUUUCAACUCACCUGAGGAACCUCAUAUGGCUAAUGCUGGGAACAAUCGGAAAGGUCACAAUGAACCCAACCAAUCUGUGGGGACAACUCUGAUCUCUACACCAGUUCUACAACAAAGACGCAAGUCAGAUGCACCUAAGCGUCAGUUCACGAAGAUCAACAUGUCACUGGCUCAGGCAUUACAAUAUUUGUUGAAAGCAAACUUGAUUACUGUGAGGGAUCCUUCUGUAAAGCCCAACACUUCCGCUCCUAGCUAUAAGCCCAAUGCGAGGUGCGUAUACCAUUCCAAUAGCCCUGGACAUGAUACAAAUGAUUGUUGGCCAUUGAAGAACAAGAUUCAAGACAUGAUCGAUGCUGGUGAAAUUGAAUUCAAUCAUCCCAAGAUUCCUGUGGUGAUCACCACUCCCAUUCCUAGUCACGACAAGAUUGAUUAAUGUUUAGAAGGAUGAACUUUUUAGAUCAUUAGAUUUACUUUCAUUUGCAAUUUCUUUCCUGUUUGUUUAAACAUUCGAAUUAUGAUAGACAUUAUCUGUUUUAAUAAUCAUCAUCAUUGCAUUGCAUAUGCUUGUCUUGAAUUAAUUAUUUCGCUAUCACUCAUUUUAAAUUAUGUCUUUACUUUGCAUGUGUUUUGUGAUAUUCAACUCCUGCUGAGUUGUAAGCCUUUUAAGGGAGGAUGACGAAAAUGAUACCGUAACCUCAUACAGUAUGCUUUUGAACAGACUAUGCUGACGAUGUACAGGCAUUGUUUCAAUUCCUAAACAGUGGAGAUAUAAGGAUGUUAAUCCCUCGUCAACCCCUUUGAGCCUAAGGAGUAGAAGUUUUCUUUCUUGAACAAAUUAAAACCCUUGAUCAUAACCUAGGGCAGGAUAGUUCUCAGUUAAUUUGGCUGUGCAUUCUAUUCUAAGGGAAUCAUUCAGUACACUUUUCAACAAAGGUUUCAAUCACAAGCGUUCAUCCGCACACAUCAAAGAAGUGUUGGAGAUGUCAAUCAAAAGCCAAUGAUGGUUCAUCAAUCAUUAAGCAAGGCAGUCAAUAUCUUUCAAAAAAAAUGAAUGAAAAAACAUACAUACAAAGAGAAGCCUGCUAAGUCAAAAAUCAAAAGAUGACUUAGGCAAAAAUCAAGGCAUCCCGCUGACUGUAAGCUCAAAAUAAACAGUUCAGGCAAAAGUUAGGGAUAUCAAAAAGAUGAAAGAAGAGAAUUCAAUAAAUUCCUGAAUAACACAAUGUUGUGACUACCAAAAGGAAGAAGCGACUGCCAUCUCAAAAGUUCUUUUUGCUUGUGAACCAUCAUCAUUAUCAAAGGUGCAAAUCCAAAAGUCUCUUGGAACCUGAAUGCAUAAGAUGAAUUAACUGAGCUUAGGACUGAAGAUCAUCACGAAGAGGGGUGGGUACAAUCAAAUUUUGAGCCUUUAUCCUUUGUUUCUUAAAACCGUGAACCAAGCCACGUUACAACCCUUGAAAGUCCUAAUUGAAGCAUGGUUAGUUCGAAAGCAUAUUGUCACCAAAAAGGUAUCCCGACUCCUUAAGGUUUACUAAAAUGCUGAGUCGAUAUUCUGUUUCUACAAAAAUAGCAUGUUUUUACAAAUAUCACGCUUUUACAUCUCUUCGUUUUAAUGUUUUUUCAAAAACUCAAGACAAACGUAUGCAUUACAUCUCAUGAAUUCAUUAUUAAACAAAUUCUGCUACAUAAUUUCAAACGUUAGCAACAGAAAGAAUUUGCACAGGGUACAACUAAUGACUGAAAGUUAUCCCGACAAGAUUACUCCGAGAAGCAAUGUCCCCUACGUAUACAAGGGGCAUGGCACGCUUUGCCCAAUCAAUCUGGGGCAAUCAAGUCAAGAUUCGAAGAAUCUCUCAAAUGCCAAAAAGUCAAAGGCAUACAUCCCAAGUGGAUUUCAAACUAUUUCCCGAUCAAUCUGGGGCAAUCAAGUCAAGAUUCGAAGAAUCUCUCAAGGGUGCCAAAACAAUCAGGGGCAAGCAUCCAAGUAGAUCUGAAGCUACUCCUCGACCAACAUAGGACAUCGUCUUGGGCCUAUGAUUACUAGGGGCAUGUCGCCCAUAGUGCACAUCUCAUAAAGUCUUCGCGAGGCGAAUCUUUUCAAAGUUCCCACUAACGGAGGCAAAUCUAUGCAAGUCCAGUUUGACAUCCUGACCGAUACUCAGUGGUGUGUCCUAAUCAAAUCCAGGAAUGGUAGUUACUAUAAUACUGGGGGCAACUUUCAAGACACUCAUGUCUCCCCAUAGAUCCAGGUUCACAAGAUCAUAUCUCCACAGAGCAAUCAUCAAGAAGAUAUCUUCAAAUGCUCUCGUCCCGACAAAGACAGUGCUCCCCAACAGAGUUUACACUACCGGUUCUCCAACACUUUGCUCUUCUCCAACAUGGUCUAUUAAUAUCUCUAAUCCCCAAUCAGGGUACAUCAAGUUACUGAUCAUCCCCAAGCAUAAAUCAAAGGUCCCCAGCUGAGCAUCUUCAAGAUAAGAUCAAACAUCAAAAUUACAAUGACAUGGAUAUCCAUCUUCUCAAUCAAGAUGUGUCAAAUAGCAUAAAUCAUAGUCAUACGUCAUAUGUCAUAAACAUGUUCAUACAUCGCAUACAUUACCUCAUAAUGAAUUCAUAACAUAACACGCAAGUUUCUCAUUUAUUUUGAGAGACCCGUCACAUAAUACAUGCAUCAUGACAUUGCAUAAAGACUAACUUUACCUUUUUCAGGAUACAAGUACAAGCAGUUGAACAAAAUCUCCAAUUUUCAAAGAUCUAAUUCUAUCAUCACGAACGGUGUAGACACGAUCAUGCUCAAAGAUCUAAUUCAUUUACCACGAACGGUGAUGACACGAUCAAUCUCAAAGAUCUAAUUCUAUCAUCACGAACGAUGUAGACACGAUCAUCUUCCAAGAUCUAAUUCAUUUACCACGAACGGUAAUGACACGAUCAUUUUCAAAGAUCUAAUUCAGUUACUACGAACGGUACUGACACAGUCAACUCUCAGAGGUCUAAUUCUAUCAUCACGAACGGUGUAGACACGAUCACUGACCUUCCCAGUCUAAUUCAGUUACUACGAACAGUGCUGACACGACAAGAGAAUCUAAUUCUAUCAUCACGAACGAUGUAGACACGAUUAUCUCUCCAAGAUCUAAUUCGGUUACUACGAACGGUGCUGACACGAUCGACCUUUAAAGAAUCUAAUUCUAUCAUCACGAACGGUGUAGACACGAUCAUCUUCCAAAGUAAAAUUCAGUUACUACGAACAGCGCUGACACGACCAACUCUCCAAAAAUCUAAUUCAUCUACUAUACGAUCAACAUUCAAACAACUACUUCUCAAACACUUCAGUCUCGACAUCUGGAUAGCAUCUUUAAGCCCAUCUCCGGUCAAUAUUCCUCAAUACAAAAGAUUCAGCCUAACGCACGGCCUUCCAGACAUCUACGGAUGCAAAUUGGAUUUAGUCUAACGCAUGACUCAUCCUUCAACCUAACACACGGUUUUCCAGACAUCUACGGAUGCAAAUUGGGUCUAACGCACGACUCAUCCUUCAACCUAACGCACGGUUUUCCAGACAUCUACGGAUGCAAAAUUGGAUAUAGUCUAACGCACGACUCGUCCUUCGACCUAACGCAUGGUUUUCCAGACAUCUGCGGAUGCAAUUUAAGUCUAACGUACGACUCGUUCUAAAGAAGUCUAUACGGUCUAACGUACGACGUAUUCUAACUCUCAAGUCUAUCAAGCUGGAUGGCAUCUUCAAAGCCCAUCUCCGAAAAAAUCCCUUUACCAUCAACAAGGGCAAAUUUCUUGGUAUUCUAGUGUUCAAUCCUCUUCCACCUUCAGAUUCCGACAGGCACAUAAGCCAAUCUACAUCUUCAGGUUUAAGAAGAUUGAACAGGGGCAGCUGUCAUACCCCAAAAUUUGCCCUCAUAUAUUUGCCAAUGUCAUUUUACUUCAAAUGUGUGACAUGGCAUAAUUGGUAAGGAUUUGAGCGUAAGAGAUACAAGAGCGAGAGGUCUCGGGUUCGAAUCCUACUACUGACAUUUUUUUGUUUACCUGUUACUAACUUUAGUUAUGUUUUUAACUUAUAUUGAAAAAUCACAAAAAUAAGUUUUUUUAUUAAUUAAUUAUUAUUUUCGUAUUUUAACUCUUUAUUAUUUUAAAAAAUGUUUUUAUUAAAAAAAAUAUAACCAAAAAAUCACAAAAUAAAAAGAUUUAAAAAGAUGUAGUUUUCAUUCUCAUUUUAGGAAGAAUUUGUAUUUUAAGGAAAAAAUCAUGAUAACCAUUUAAAAUAAUAUUAAGCCUUAAUAUUAAAUAAUAUUUGAUUUUUAGGUUUUUAUUACUUUGAUUGGUUAAAUUGUUCCCUUCCAUUUUUUAUUCUAACCUAAUUCAUUAGUAUAAAUAGGUACACUUUCUACACUAUUAGGGGACCGAUUUUGAAAACCUUAUUGCUCUAAAACCUUUUUUCACACGUACAUACACCAUCAAAAACCUGUAUACAAAACCUUGUUUCUAACAUCUAACAAUGACCACAUUUUUAAGCUCACAUUGAUUCCAUCACACCACCUUCGUUCUUCUUCAUGAUAACCCUUCCUCUGUCUCACACUAACCUUUAACAACCAUAAAACAUACAACCUCUCUCACCAUAUUCAGCCCACCAUUCAAUUAAUCUUUCAUUCAUAAACCAUGCACAAUCGUCAUCCACAAAUUACAUCACUAAACUACAGUCCCAAACAAAUCCAAUAAACACCAUUCUCAUACAGUCCUUACUCAAUACAACACCAACAAUUCAUACCACAAGUUCAUCACAAAACUAUGAUGUGAAGCUCUAAUAGAAUUUUCAAUUUAAAAUCUAACAAUUUUUCUUUCCUUUUUUUUUACUAACUUUUACAGGAAACAAAUUGCAAAGUCAUAAAAAGAGAAAGAAAUAACAGAGGGAGAAAAGAGAAGAGCAAUCCCGAUCUCGGAAACCGCUCACUGUCCAAACAUUCUCCGAUCGACAUUGACAGCGGAUCUCCACCGCAACGACGAUACAACCACGCCUAUCACUUCGUCGCGGAUGUUACCUACACAGUCGAAGCAACUCCGCCAUCGUUGCUGCCUUUCCUCAAUCUCCCCGACCAACUACGAUUCAACACCGAAGAUCUCCGCCAUCAUCACCGUUAACCCUCCACGCAGCCGCACCACCAGAUUAGCAGCCUCAUCGCACAAACCUAUGGCCGACGACGCACAAGAGCAUGCCGGUGAUUCUGCACAGUGACGUCUCGAGGCUGAAUCGGAAUGCGUUGGAGGUACUACCAUCGUGAGAAUUGGGCUGUUUUGCAGACAUUCAUAGCUUGUGCGUGCAUGGAUUAAUCCAACGCUUCAGAGCCUGCAGUUCAAUGGUGAAGCUUCAAGGUUCGACCACACUUGAUCCUAGCAUCCAGGGUUAAUCAAGAUCCUUCAGCCACGCGCCAUAUCAGAUCAAAGCUAAGUCCCUGAUGCUUUUCUUUUUAAUUAUUUUUCUUUUUUGCCUUUUAAUUUCAAUUAUUUAUUUUUAUCCUUUAGACCAAUGAACUGGCCAUACACUCACCCCCUCGUGUUUAUUUUUCCUUUUCCAAUUUUCAGGGUUAGCCAACCAGUCAAAGCUCGAAUGUUCGGUAACCCUGAAAUUCAUCUUGUUUUUACUGUCUUAAUUAUUAUUUAUGUCAGACCUAUUGCACUAUUGAUCCGCUGGUUUCUUUUUCCCCUUCCCCAUAUUACUGCGUGGUUAGUAAUUUAGGGAGUGCAAAUUUAAACUGGAUUAGAAUCACUUAAUUACAAGAUAAGUUUUCUGAAUAUUGACCACGUGAUUGUUGCACACACACACUCUUUUGGGGUAACCUCUCUGUUGCCUUGUUGCCUGUUGCCUUGUUGCCUGUUGCCUUGUUGCCUUUGUGUUUUUUGCAGAACAAGCCAUGUCCCUCGAAUAUGAGGAUACCUCAGCUAUGCUGCCUCGAUAAAUAAAGGUCAUGCGACCCUAAUGAUGCUGCCUUCGAUACACUACAUGACCUCGACCCUCGGAAGUUGCCUACGGAAAAGGCUGAGGUAUCCUCCGGUUGCCUACGAAUAAGGCUUGUUCUGGUCUUUCCCUUAGACUACCUGCCCCCCUAUGGCAUGGGUCAGUCUUUGGCGAACGACAACGCGAUGACCCUUCAAUCUCCAAAUGAAAGGCUUCCUGUCCCUUAUGGCAAGGAUAGACCCUUUCACCCUGAAAGGCUAAAAGAGACCUAUCAUCUAAGUUUAAGGUAAUUGCUUUAAUUGCCUUGCUCUGGCUAAAACUGUUUUUUUUCAUAUUCUUUCUCAUAAACCUUCAAAAGGGCUACGCUCAUUUACGAGCUAAAGUCCCUAUUCUUUUUCUUCUACAUUUCUGAAACAAAAAAGAGCAAAGCAAUUAAGAGCCCAUGGAAAACCAUGGAUGCAAAGGGUGCCUUACACCUUCCCUUUGCAUAAUUACCCUCCGAACUCAAAUCUUUUUAAAAGGUGUUUUCCUGUUUCUUUUAGCCUUUCUGAUAUUUGGAUAAAAUAAAAGUCGGUGGCGACUCAUGCUUUACCGCACAUCUCGAUAAAAAAGUCAGUUCACCGUAUUACAGAGGUGUCUCGGGGUUCUCUUUGAAGUUCUUGGUGAGAAAAGCUAAAGAAGAAUUUGAGAAAAAGAAUUGGAAUGCGUAUAAUGCCUUGCUUGCUGUAGCCAUUUAUGGGAUUGUGAUGUUCCCAAACGUUCCCAAUUUUGUACACUCGGCCGCGGUAUACAUCUUCAUGGGAAAGAAUCCUAUUCCUACAUUGUUGGCCGAUACUUAUUAUGCCGUUCAUUCCCGAUAUGAGACACGUGGUGGUGCCAUCACUUGUUGCCUUCAGUUGUUGUUCAUCUGGUUCCUCUUUUUGUUGCCCAGCAAAGGACCUUUUGUGAAGACAAGGGAUACGCUCAAGUGGACACACAGGAUUAUGUCACUUACUUCUUAUGAUAUUCAGUGGCAAAAGUAUCGAAUUAACGUUUCUGAAGUGAUUGUUGGGUGCGGUAAGUUCGAUAAUGUUCCUUUGGUUGGUACUAGAGGUUGCAUCAAUUACAAUCCCGUGGUAUCCUUGCGUCAGUUGGGGUAUACGUUGAAAGACAAGCCGGCGGAUCACUUGAUAGCGGAGACAGUCUAUUUUGAGAAGGGGUCGGAUCCAGAAAAGUUGAAGGGGAUAAUUGUGGCUUGGAAGAAGAUCCGUAAGCAUAACGGAGCCCAUUUAGGGAAGAAGGAAUCACUCGCUUUGACACCGUAUGUUGAAUGGAUUGUAAAACGGGUCGGAAACUUGUUGCUGCCAUAUGAUAGGGUUGCACCACUUCAAAAGCAACCUCCUUUGAUUCUAUCCGAAUUUGUGCCAACAGAACUUUACAAGGACGCUUUGGUUACCAACUACAGGUUGCAUGAAAGAGAGCAAGAGACUAAUUUGAAGUUCUUUGAAGAGAGAGAUGCAAAGAUGAGGUUGAUGCACCAGCUCAAGCAAGUCGAAGGCGUAAGUUCAAGUCAAGCCAGUACCCGGAGGCGUCCCUAUGAGUUGCUAGAGGAAGAUUUGUAUCAUAAGCAGCAACAGUGUCUACAGUUACAGAGAUCAGAGAGUAGUCUCAAGAGGCAGAAGCGGGAUUCAGAUAAACAGCUAGCAGAAGAGAAGGCUAAGACUGCUCGACUUGAAGAAGAACUAAGAAGACUCCGAGCCCAACAGAGAGGAGAUGGAGGAGCUCAUUCUGUUGCCAGACGAUCCUAGUAUCACUGUGGGGUGGAUUUGUUUGAUCCAUGAUGGUUGAUGUGAUGUUUAUGCUUGAUAUUUGUCGCCCAUGUCCAGGGUUGUUGGAUGGGGUCGCAUUUUGAUGUUCUGAAUUUCUUUUGUAUUCCUUAUGAGCACAUUGUGACACGGUUAUGUGUUUUAUUUGUAUGAACUCAAAUUCUCAGUUAUGUUUGAAUGAAGUAUGCUCAGUUUGCUGAAUUAUUUUCGUGUGCGGAUUGUUAUUCAAAUAUAUUCGGUAUCAGGGUUUCUAUGUCCUAUCUGAAAGUGGGAUGAGCUCUUGGAUACCUGAAAAUUGACAAACAUUUCAUGCAUAUCAUUCAUAUAUCAUACAUGUCAUAUAUUUGCAGGUUUUGCAGGUCUUAUAUCUUAUGUCUCACUGUUUUGUUAUCAGAAGGAGUUCUAAGACGGCCAAUCACCCGUAUACGACUAGGAGCAAUCAGAGAAGGCAGAUGGAACAGAUUCAGGAACAAAUGGCAGAGAUGAGAGCUCAACUGACAGAGCAGAUGAGUGCGCAGAUGGCGCAGUUUAUGGAAGCAUUGACUAAUGUGACCAAGGGGCAGGAUGACUUGCGGGUCCUCGUCGAGAACUCUAGAAGGAAUGAGAAUGGAGGACAUCCAGGGCUGUUUGACGAUGUGUCUGGUAGAAUUGACGAUCACCAUGAUCCGAAUGAGUUUGAUCACGUGGGAGGGCACUAUAAUCCUUUCAAUCAGCAUCACGGGUUUCCACCUCCACCUCCGUCCCGUCUGUUGGGAAGGAGAGAUCAUCAGAACCGUGGUAAUUUGGAUUUCAAUGUUGAGAACUUUGACCAGGUAUCAAGGCAUAGUGCUGAGGGUGCACAUGAUGAAGUUGAGAGGUAUCGUCUGAUUGAAGAACGUCUCAGGGCUGUUGAAGGCAAAGGGGUGUUAGGCAUGGAUAUCAAUGACUUGAGGUUGGUUCCUGGUGUGAGGAUCCCACCAAAAUUCAAAGUUCCAUCUUUUGACAAAUACAAUGGGGCGACUUGUCCCAUGACUCAUGUCAAAGCAUACUAUCGCAAGAUGUCAGUUUAUUCUGAGGAUGAGGGUUUUCUAAUGCAUUUCUUCCAGGAUAGCUUGGCUGGAGCUUCCUUGGAGUGGUAUGUUCAACUUGAACGCACCCAUAUCCAUUCUUGGAGAGAUCUUGUGGAGGCUUUCACUAAGCACUAUCAGUACAAUGUUGAUAUGGCACCCAACAGGACCCAGUUGCAGAGUUUGGUUCAAGGGUCUAAAGAAUCUUUCAAAGAGUACGCUCAGAAAUGGCGUGAGUUAGCCGCAAGAGUUCAGCCACCGAUGACUGAACGUGAGAUGAUUGACAUGUUCACCAGUACCUUGUCUGGACACUAUUAUUUGGCUUGCAGUGCUUCAGCAAACUUUUCUGAAAUGGUGAGAUAUGGUGAACGUGUUGAGAUGGGUCUAAAGAUGGGGAAAAUUCAGUUGGGAGCUUCUUCUAAUUCUGCUGGUGGUAAGAAACAAGCAGAAGGUUACGCCAGAAGGAAAGAAGGAAAUGCGGAUGCCAUAUAUGGAAGAAGGGGUUCAGGGAGAAGCAAUUCACAGGUUAAUGCUGUCCCAGUACCACAACAACAACAACAACAGCAGGGACAACGUUCCAAUAACGAUCGCUAUCCUCCCAGGACUAGGCCUCACAGAAAGAUUGAUCCGAUUCCUAUGACUUAUGCUCAAGUGUUGCAACAUUUGCUCAAGAUUGAGAAUAUUACUUUGAGAGAUGCUCCGAAUGCUCCAGACACACAAUCUCCGAAUUACAAUGCGAAUGCACGAUGUGCUUUCCAUUCAGGGGCCGCUGGGCAUGAUACCGAGAGGUGUAUUGCGUUGAAGAACAAAGUCCAGGACUUGUUGGACCAAAAGAUAAUUCAGUUCACUCCUACACCCAAUAUUGUCAAUAAUCCGAUGCCUACUCACGGAGGUUCGGGUGUGAAUGCCAUUGAGAGUGAAGAGAUAAAGGUUGUAUCUGAAGUGAGCUGUUUGACUUUUCCUCUGGUAUUUGUGAAGCAACAUCUGAUCAAUAGCGGUAUCUUCCCGGGCUGUGGUGUUGAUUGUGAGAAGUGCAAAAGUCAACCCGAAGGUUGUGCUGAUUUGAAAGGUAUGGUACAAAAGCUGAUUGAUGAGGGUCCUCUUCAGUUCUAUCGAAGGUUGAGAGGUGCGAAGAGUAAGGAUGGUGAAGUGUCCGUGAUCUCAAUUCCUUAUGAUCCAGUUGUUCCAAUAUGUAUCCAAGUGCCCAUUCAGAUACCUGUCAGUAUCCCGUAUGGGGAACAACCAGCGGCAUUGAUGAUUACUGUGCCAGGGCCUAUUCCAUAUGAGAGUGAGAAGGCCAUCCCUUGGCAUUAUGGUUCAGAAGUAUAUUACUAUGGCACGAAGGAAGAAGGCGAGCCAUCUAAAGAGAAGUUUGUUGAGGCCUCAGUUGCAAACACUGAUAAUUUCACCGGUACUGGUAGGAUCACUCGCAGUGGUAGGGUGUUCUCUCCUUAGCUUGUUCAAAACAAUGCAGAUGCUUUGGCUAAGGCCAAAGGAAAACAAGUAGUGCCUGAUGUCCAGAACCCUCCGAUUCAGAGUGGGGCACCUGAUAGUGCUGUGUCUUCCAAGGAUGUGGAGGAAUUAUUGAGAAUCAUCAGGAAGUCUGAUUACAAGGUUGUUGAGCAGUUGGGUCAGACCCAGUCAAAGAUUUCUAUCUUGCAACUGUUGAUGUGUUCAGAAGGUCAUAGAGAUGCUCUCCUGAGAAUCCUGAAUGGUGCUUACGUCCCGCAUGAAAUAUCUGUGAAUCAGCUAGAGGCGGUAGCCAAUAAUAUCUCUGCUGGGAACGGUUUGGGAUUUACGAAUCAUGAUCUUCCUCCAGAAGGGAGAAACCAUAACAAGGCUUUGCAUAUUUCGAUUGAGUGUAAGGGGACAACUUUGUCCCGUG